UCUUCUUCUUCUCCCCUGCACCCGACAAGCCCCCCCCAAGCCACCGACUUUCUUCCCCCUUGAGAAACUCGGUGGGAUCUUGAUGAAUUCUCUUCCUUUCUUGUUAAAUCACAAGAUUUGAGGCUUAGAAUCUUCCCUCUCAACCCAGAAAAUCCCGGAUUUGCUCUGCUCUUCUCCUCUGUCCGCCGGCUGCUAUGUGGGUUUGAAUUUCUGGGCAUUUUUCGGUCCGUGAGUUUCCCCUGCAGAUGCCGCCGGCUUCUUCUCCCUGCCAAGUCCGGUUAUUGCUGGAAAAUUCUGGUAGUGUGCCCCGAGACUCGGAAAUCAAGGGGAGUGACGUGAUAAAAGGCUAGCCACUUGAGAUUUGACAUAGAUUUUAGAUACAUGUACACCACGCUCCUGCAAGUUAGAUUUUAAUUGGAAAUUUUAUGGUAUCAAAACCGAUUUUGUUCAGUAAGUUCCGAGCCUUGUGCACUUGUGGGACCCGUCUCACGAGUGCACGGCGUCUGUCGCGCCUCGGAUUCGGGUUUUGGGGCGUGACAGGGGGACAAGAUCAUGGAAUUCACAUGCUAGAAGUCUCCUCUAAAUCAAGACAACUCAACUUUAGAACUUAAAUUUGAAGUCUUCAAGUACAAAACCUAGAAAGUUUCUCUUUUCUCUUACUUUUAUUUGAUUUAAGUUUGGGGGAGAGAAUAACUUUUAUAUGUCCAUUCUUACAUUAGUUUGCAUUCAUAUUUGCAUGACAUUUUUUUUAGAAAUUAGGGUAUUUUUUUAGGAGUUGGUCCAAUUAGUGUCAAAGAAUUGAAUAUUCUUAAGUUGAAAUUCAAAAACUUUUAAAAUCUUUGAAUCUUAGAGAAGAUACAAAAUUUGAAAAAUAGCACCAUUAUGAUGAAGUUUAAGUUUAUGAGUAUUCUAUUCUACUUGAGCAAAAGUUUAUAGUGAGAAGUUUAGAGAAAAGACUUAGUAGCAUCUAAAAAGCACAUAAAAAAAAAAAAGAAAAAAGAAAAAAAAAGCCAACAUACAAAAGAGUUAGUUAAUUUCUACUCAAAUGUCUUUAGUUACUUAGUAACUGGGGGUUAGGCAUGAGACUCAUGUCAACUUUCACGUCAAACAGUGACUUGAAAUAUGAGUAUGCAAAGCACUUUAAGUUUAUGACUUGUUGAGUAACCAGGUGCUUUCAUCACAAAUGUUAAUAUUCGCGUCAAAACACAAGUGAUAAGUUUGGGAAGAAUGUGUUGAAUGCUUUCAAAAAAAGAAAAAAGAGAAGUCGAAUGUUUCGUAGCCUUUGUUACUUGAGUAAGUAUGUUCUUAAGGGUGUCUCUUCACCUAAUGCCUUAAAGCCAACUAGUUUCAAAGUCAUUGGCAGAAAGCUCGUUACAUAGAUAACUUAGAAAGUUUAAGGAAA